GAAUGUUAUAGCACUCUGAAUCAGAUGAUCAUUCUCCGGUUAAUGUAAUCUAGUUUUAAGAUAAGAAUACUGAGAUUGAGUCAGAAGCUUUAUGGGAUAAGGAAGAUACCUAGCAAGAAUAUCACAUUCAAAUUAACUCAGAUCGAAUUUUAGACAUUUUUUAAUCAAUUGAAACUUAAAUUGAUCCAUUUACUUGUGUUUUCAAAACUAACCAAUAAAUGAUAGUCAUGUAUAAACAGAAAUUGCCACUGCUUAAAAAGCUAGGCUAUUUAAUUUGUAAAAGUGAAACUAAAUAUUGCAUAAUUCUUAUAAAAUUAGAGAAUCAGAAUUCAUUAUUUAUAAAGUCUUUAAAAGGAGUAUAAAAUCAUUAUUAUAAAGGAUUCUGAAAUAAAUGAUAGUAUUAUGAAGAAGAUUGGAAAUGCAAUUUAUUAGUUUUCAGAUAAAAAUUAGCAUCUUUCUCAUAUAGAUGAAAUUAUGUAAGUAUAAAUUUACAUUAGACAUGAAGAUUCAAGAUUUAAUCCUUUUCAUUUAGAUAGUUUAAGUGUUGCUAUGAUAUAUAAAUAUCUAUAAGAUAAAAUUGAGAUACCUGAACAAAUAACUAUGAAAUAAAUUUAUAAUUUGAUUGAAAAAGAGCAUGAAAAUAUCAAGAGAGAACCAUUAUUAAUCAAAUAACAAUAAGUCAGUUAAUUUCACAUUUUUACAAUAGAAAGAUUCAUCUUCAAUAAGAUUUAUGAUCAAAUGAUGAAUCACUAUAUAGAAAAACUUCAGGAAAGAUAAAGUUAAGUAGAUUUAAAAAAGAUGCAAUUGAGAGAAAAAUAUUCGAAAGAAGAUUUAAUAAAAUCAUUAGAAAUUAAAAAUCAGUAUUUACCCAAUUCAGAAAUACCAUAUUUUGAGGCAAUUAAUGAAUUAACAAUGAUUAAUCUCUACAAAACUCCAACUGAAAUGUUGAAAUAAUUUUAAUAUGUACUAGUUCUGAUUAGAGGAGUUGCUUUUGAAUGUAAUUAAAAAGAAGAAAUUAUUGCUAUGGAUGACGAAUUGCCAAUAUUAAUUUGGGUAGCUUUGAUGAGUGAUAUUGCUAAUCUCUAUGCAAAAAUAUAUUUUGUUGAUGAUUAUAUAUAGGAAAUUGAAAAUGAAAAGAGAAUCUUAACUAAUCUAAGAGUUUCUUUAGAUUAUAUUUCUAAAGAAUGGAAAUUAUGA